CUCCCCAUGCUGUAAUCAGUGUGCUAGCUGCUGCAGCUGGGACUGUUGACAGGCACCAGGUGAAAGACGUUAUCUUGAUUAAUGCCUCUCAGGAACAAGGUAUAAGAACAUGCACUGUGUCAGUAGCAAGCAUUCAGUCAUGAUGGUUUCAUUUUGUCAAGGUGCACUGCUUCUGAGCCUGGCAGCUGCCAUGGCGGUAUAUGCAGACAUGAAAGUGGACUGUGGGCCAGAUUUUGUGACGCUGAUGUGGACAGAAAGCCGACCCCAGGCCGACACGUCGCUUCUCCGUCUGGGUAGCUGUUUCCCAACCAGCUUCUCAGCAGGAGAGGCCUACUUCUAUGUGGAUCUCACUGACUGUAACUUUAGGAGACUGGUCACCGGGGAUGCACUGGUGUACAGCAAUGAUCUGACCUAUGUUGCUUCUGCAGAUUCUUACAAUUUGGCCUUCACUCACCCAGUUGUCUGUGCAUAUGAGAGGCCCAAAGACUGGUAUGCUGCGAUCUAUGACCCGGUGUUUAAAACCUACAGUCUAGGAGAUCUGCAGUUUAACAUUGGCCUUAUGAAUGACGACUUCUCAGGCCCUGCUGAAUCUACACGCUUUCCUCUGGGCUCCAUCAUCCCCAUCAUGGCGAGUGUGGUGCAGGAGACCCAUCAGCCCUUGCUGCUGCUUCUUGAGGAAUGUGUAGCAGCUACCACACCAGAGCUGUACCCUGAAAGCACCAUGUACCCUAUAAUCUCCAAUAAAGGAUGUCUUUUGGAAAGUGUGUCAUCACGAUCAAAGUUCGAACCAAGGCAAAAGUCAUCGGAGAUCCGCCUAUCACUUCAGACCUUUACGUUUGCUAUGGGAGAAGAGGUCUUUAUCCACUGCAAACUUUUGGCUUGGGAUCCCAAUGGUCUUGACAGCACUAAGAAAGCCUGCCACUUUGUCAAAGGGCAUGGUUGGGAGUUGCUGGACAACUUGGCCCAGAGCAAUCUUUGUGACUGCUGUGAAUCGAAAUGCAAGUCAAGGAGGCAGAGGAGUGUUGCGUCAGAGAAACAUGGAAUGGUACAAAAAGCAGUCAUUGGGCCAUUUACCAUUACAGAUGUGAAUUCCUGAAGGAAUGGAUCCAUUUAGCCGACUGGUUUCUUCAAUCUGAAUUUGUUUUUUUAUUCUUGGUUCUCUUUGCAUUUCAGAUUGUAUGUGGCCAAUAAAAAAAAAAAUGUUUCCGAACUACUUAA